UCUUCAGUCUUGUCUGAUUAGUAUAAAACUUAUACCAUGCGUUGCCUCGUUCUGAUGCCUUUCUGCGUGCUUGCACUUUUGGGCCUUUCUGCGGCCCAACUUUGUCCGUGUACUAGAGAACUUGACCCAGUCUGUGGAUCGGAUUCUAAGACCUACUCCAACCCUUGCCUUCUCGAGUGCGCAGCAAAAGGAAAAGGGAUUACCUUGGUCAAGCAAGGACGUUGCUAGUAACAGAAAAAUAAAGAUCUAACAAAUCAAUUA